UUGCCUCCGAAGAUGCGCUUGUGGUUUGAGCAUUGAGCUAAAGAAGAACAUGGGUCAAGGAGUACAGAGCAGCACGUAACUUACAACUGUCUGUUCUUCUUCGCUAAGGUAUUUAUUUAGUUUUUAGUGUUACCGUUUAGGCCAUCUUGUCUUAAAAAAUACUAUAACGCAAAGACGCACCAGUUUAGGUGAGAGAAAGUCUUCCGUCUAGCAAGCCCACCUCACUUGCUAGAGCCACGUGUGGAUCGUCGACAUAAAAAGAAGGCAAGAGCUCGAACAUCUCCAGACAGCUGAAUCAUGUCCAGUUCUUGGCCGGCUGGCCACGAGUAUCCUCCACGUCUACCGAAGGUGGUGGUGUACACGCACAGCUCUUACCCUCCCCCACUGCCCCCAAAGCCGGUGAAGAAGAGGACGAGAGGGACGAGCAUGGCCCAGUCCCUGCUGAUGGGCCUGGUGAUCCUGACCCUGAGUGGAAUGGUGAUCGGGGCCUGCCUCAUCUACGACCUCUACCAGAGACAGGCUAUGUAUGCGAAAGACACUCCUCAGUUGGAUUCCCAAAAGCAAGUUCAAGUCACGACUCCCGAUCCCCUCUCAAACCCAAUGGCACAUGUGAUAGGCACAAAGAAACCUGGCAAAGAUGGAGUCAUGGUCUGGGAAGCUGUUGAGAUGCCUGACCGAAUUGAUGAAGUUACCAUGCAUGGCGUGAAAUACGACAAUGGAAGGCUUAUCAUUCUGAAGGAGGGCUACUACAAAAUCUACUCCAAGCUGUACCUGAAAGAUCCCAUAAAUCACAUGAUCCUGCACUCCAUUGUAAAGGAGACAACCCGCUACCCAAAGGAAAUAGUUAUUUUGCGUUCAAAAAAAUUCCGCCGCAAAGGAGAACGUUCAGAUACCACCAACAGCUAUUUGGCAGGAGUGUUCCAUCUCAUUGCAAAUGAUGCUAUUUUUGUGAAGGUGAACAACCACACAGACGUCAUACUGGACAAGUCUGCUGAUAACUACUUUGGUCUCUACAUGCUGUAA